UCAACACAGCUCGGUGUUACUCCGAACAUCCCGACUCCUGUUCUCCGCUCCGAAGACUCCGCAACCCAACUUCUACAUACAUCACAUGAAACCAUGGCUUCAAGAUUGGCUGCAUGUGAAGCUUGCAGGAAAGCAAAAGUCGCCUGUGAUCAUAAGCGACCGGCAUGCACUCGGUGUACAAGUAAUGACAGAGCAGCUAUCUGCAUUUACCGAACAACGCCGUUCAAGAGGAGAAGAGUAGAGAGUUCUACUCCAUCCAUUCAGCAAUCUCCUAGUCGGCUAUCGCCGGCUCAAUCAUCGCCAUCUUUCGCACCCAGAAACAAUCCCUAUCCAAAUCCGGGGUUCUUAGGAUCCUCCAGCCAUGUCGCUAUUUUCAACCAAAUCUCUCCAGAGGAAUAUCGUGCACCUCAUAACUCCCAUGCCUCUGAGCCAGACGCGACGAUGCUAAUGCAUUCACAGAUUGCCGGCGAGAAUAUCCUGCUGAUACAAGGGGCCGAUGUUCUCCGGCAACUUCUAAACACAUUUCCUUUAACUACAAUGAAGGAAUUUGUCAUGUUCUGGUUGGAGACAGGAGCAAAUAUGUCACUGGCUGAACCGUUUGUCGAGAAGUGUACUGAAAACAUGACACGUCUGUUUACCACCUUCUCACAGGAGGAUAACUGGCACCUGGCGUACGCCCAACGUUUAACUCAAAAUUCGCGUGCACCAUUGGAAAUUAGAACAACAUCUGACAUAUCGGAUUUCUGUGCUCAAUUCCUCGAUCAGAAUUUCCGGUGGGAAAGUCUGGGCAUAUUUCUCUCUGCAGUCAGCCGAGCUACAAUAGCGAUACCCUUUUUCCCGCCUCUAUACAAGACAGAAAAGGACCAGUUUAUGCUUCGGAAGUUGGCUACAAGACUGAGUGAUCUUGCGUUAGACAUUGCGAUCUCAUUGGAUUGCUUGAAUGACCUCCAGCUUAAUUUUAUUGUCCAUACCAAUGUUGAUGGGGAUCAAAGUUACCAUUCGUGGAGCAGACUUGGUGAUGUCGUGUCCUCUAUGUUUGCACUUGGCUACCAUGAAAAUGUCGAAAAAAGCAAACCGCCAAUCCCCGGCUUCCUAGCGGAACUGAGGAAAACAGCCUGGGCUAUAACAUACUCCGCGGACAAGAACGUGGCCAUCUUCCUUGGUCGACCACCGCGAAUGAGCAAGCGAUUUUGCCAUUUCCAAUUACCACUGAAUCCCACAAAAUCUGAUUUAGUCACUAAUAACCUGAAUGCUUGGGAUAGAAAUGUAAAAUGGGAGAUAGGCACUCCAUUUUGUUAUAGGGCAGGGAUACGGUGGGCUGCCUUGUGUGCCGCGCUGAAAGAAGAUAUUCUCGAAUUGCUACGAGAUAGACAUCGAGAAAACUUCAAUCAAAUAGCCAGUUCCAUCCGCGAAAAGGCUGAAGUGCAAUGGGCAAACCUUCCUUUGAACUUUCGUUUGUCGACUUCUCUGAAGGAAUGCUCCGGUGACGCCUUCGAGCGUGACAUGCUGGCAAGCAUGCGUUUGGACCAACUACACGUCCUUUUCCUGCUUCAAUUGUCAUUUCUUGACACCCUGACUGAGCCCGAUCCAUCUAUACUUGAUGUUUCGGACCAAAUGCUUGCUCUUGUUGUCGAAACGGUCCUUUUACGAGAUCAGCUCGUUAUGUCAUCAACAUCGCAAGUGUGGAAGAUUUCACACUACGGUCUCCCGGCCGCGGGGAUCAUUCUUCUUUCAAUGUUGAAGCAACGUCACAGACUGAACGAAGCCAAAUCUUCACGGUCCAAAACACUAUUGAAUCUCGGUAUCCUUGUCGCGCAAGUUCAGGUUGGAAGCAUUGUGCGACGCGGUGAUCCGAACUAUGCCUUGAUAUCAAAAGCGACACAAACAAUUGAACGGUUCCUUGAUUCGGUUCACCGCGAAGGAAUCCAGUCUCCAACACAAGAGCUCUCGCAUCCAGGAGAGAAUGGUGAUUGGGCUGAGUUCUUCAGUCAAGAUCUUUGCGAUUUUGAAACCGUUUUUUGGGACAAUCUUGCGGAUCAUCCGUCGCUUUUGGCUUCAGAUCACGCUCUGCCCCCAAUAUAG